CUACCCGAUGUGAGUCAUCCCCACUCCGCUACUUCCCGGGAGCAGAUGGGUGGGGAGAAAUCCUUGGGAAACAGUUUAUCGUAAGGACUGACAGGAUCUUCUGCUUGGCCCCUCUCUUUGCAUUCUGCCACCCAGCUGGCACGGCCCAGGUGGAGGUGGGGCAAAGCCACGCCGGCUGAUUGAUGGGAAAAUGGCUACAGGAUAGCAGGCUGGAAACUUUCUCUUAAGGGACCCGAGCAUGUGGAACCACACACAGACCUUCUCGUGCAGGACUGAAUUAAAAAUCCAGAGGCGGCCACACCUGGACAAAUAGCUUCAGUAGCAUCUGGCCCAGCGCCACCUAAGGAAAGUCGCCCCGGGACAGGAGCACCAGCUCCCCAGUCCAGGCCCCUGGAUGCUGGGUCAGAAGCCCUCGUGUUCUUUAACCUGAUUUCCAGAAGGCAGCUGGCUGUGUGGACAAAUUGUUCCGGGUGCGGUAGAGAGGCCAGCAGGCCCGCCUGUACCUGCAGAAGUGUGUUCUAAAGAAGGGCUCUAACCAGCAUAAUGCUGGAGCAAGAGGCUGGCAGCACGCAGUUUUCACGAUGGCCGAGCUGGAUGCCGAUUUGGAUGCCAUCAUCCCAUCUUCUUUCCUUCCCCCCUUCUGGGCUAAGUUAGUAGUGGGAUUUGUUUCCCUCCUGUGUUUCGCACGGAGCUAUGAUGGCGAUUUUGUCUUUGAUGACUCUGAAGCUAUUGUUAACAAUAAGGACCUCCACGCCGACACUCCCCUGGGAGACCUGUGGCAUCACGACUUCUGGGGCAGUAGACUGAGCAGCAAUACCAGCCACAAGUCCUACCGGCCGCUCACUGUCCUGACUUUCAGGAUUAACUACUACUUGUCAGGAGGCUUCCACCCUGUGGGCUUCCACGUGGUCAACAUCCUUCUGCACGGCGGCAUCUCCGUGCUCAUGGUGGAUGUCUUCUCCGUGCUCUUCGGAGGCCUGCAGUUCACCAGCAAAGGCCGGAGGGUGCACCUGGCCCCCAGAGCAUCCCUGCUGGCGGCUCUGCUGUUUGCUGUCCAUCCUGUGCACACCGAGUGUGUUGCUGGUGUUGUCGGCCGCGCAGACCUCCUCUGUGCCCUGUUCUUUUCGUUAUCUUUCCUUGGCUACUGUAAAGCAUUUCGAGAAAGUAACAAGGAGGGAACGCAGUCUUCUACCUGCUGGGUGUUGCUGAGCAUCUUUCUGGGAGCAGUGGCCAUGCUGUGCAAAGAGCAAGGGAUCACAGUGCUGGGUUUGAAUGCGGUAUUUGACAUCUUGGUGAUAGGCAAAUUCAAUGUUCUGGAAGUCGUCCAGAAGGUACUACGUAAGGACAAGUCAUUAGAGAAUUUGGGAGCACUCAGGAGCAGGGGCCUCCUCUUCCGAAUGACCCUCCUCACCUCAGGCGGGGCCGGCAUGCUCUACGCGCGCUGGAAAAUCAUGGGGACCGGCCCGCCAGCAUUCACGGAGGUGGACAACCCGGCCUCCUUUGCCGACAGCGUGUUGGUGAGGGCCAUAAACUAUAAUUACUACUAUUCACUGAAUGCCUGGCUGCUGCUGUGUCCCUGGUGGCUGUGUUUUGAUUGGUCAAUGGGCUGCAUCCCCCUCAUUAAGUCAGUUGGUGACUGGAGGGUAAUUGCCCUGGCAGCACUCUGGCUCUGUCUAAUUGGCCUAAUAUGCCAAGCCCUGUGCUCUGAGGACAGUCGCAAGAGAAGAAUCCUUACUCUGGGCCUGGGAUUUCUCGUGAUCCCGUUUCUUCCUGCGAGUAACCUGUUCUUCCGAGUGGGCUUCGUGGUGGCGGAACGCGUCCUCUACCUCCCCAGUGCCGGCUACUGUGUCCUGCUGACUUUUGGCUUCGGGGCCCUCAGCAGACAAACUAAGAAAAAGAAACUCAUCUCCGCCUGCGUCCUGGGCAUCUUACUCAUCAACGCGCUGAGGUGUGUGAUUCGCAGCGGCGAGUGGAGGAGUGAAGACCAGCUUUUUAGAAGCGCCCUGUCUGUGUGUCCCCUCAAUGCUAAGGUAUACAUACAGGACCUCAUUUUCAAAACAGACCUGCUGGUUCACUACAACAUUGGCAAAAACCUGGCUGAUAAAGGCAACCAAACAGCAGCCAUCCAAUAUUACCGGGAAGCAGUAAGAUUAAAUCCCAAGUAUGUUCAUGCCAUGAAUAAUCUUGGAAAUAUCUUAAAAGAAAGGAAUGAGCUCCAAGAAGCAGAAGAGCUGCUGUCUUUAGCUGUUCAAAUACAGCCAGACUUUGCUGCUGCAUGGAUGAACCUGGGCAUAGUGCAGAACAGCCUGAAACAGUUCGAGGCAGCAGAGCAGAGUUACCGGACAGCCAUCAAACACAGAAGGAAGUACCCAGACUGCUACUACAACCUUGGGCGACUGUAUGCAGAUCUGAAUCGCCAUGUGGACGCUUUGAACGCAUGGAGAAAUGCUACCAUGCUGAAGCCCGAGCACAGCCUGGCUUGGAACAACAUGAUCAUCCUCCUGGACAACACAGGUAAUUUAGCCCAAGCUGAAGCAGUUGGAAGAGAGGCACUGGAAUUAAUACCAAAUGAUCACUCUCUUAUGUUCUCCUUGGCAAACGUGCUGGGGAAAUCCCAGAAAUACAAGGAAUCUGAAGCUUUAUUCCUCAAGGCAAUUAAAGCAAAUCCAAAUGUUGCAAGUUACCAUGGGAAUUUAGCGGUGCUCUAUCAUCGCUGGGGACAUCUCGACUUGGCCAAGAAACACUACGAAAUCUCCCUGCAGCUCGACCCCGCGGCAGCAGGCACCAAGGAGAAUUACGGUCUGCUAAGAAGAAAGCUGGAGCAGAUGCGCAAGAGCAACGUCUGAUCCUUGUCCACCUUCUGAGUUGGGGGCAUCGAGCGGCCGUAUCAUGCACUUGUGUUCAACCGUUUUAAAUUCUUUUCAGGCGUAUGGUGAUUCUUUCUAGGAAAACAAAGACAUGCAGAAAGAUUAUAGCACCAGCGAUAUAGUCUUGAAUUCUUGAUAGCGUUUUUGCAUCAAAAUUGUAUUUUUUCAAACAACUCAAAUAUAAUUCUAAAAUCUCCAAAAUGAAAGCUUUUUUACCUAAAUAGAAGAAAUUCUCUUGGGUGACUUUCACUAGCAUUAAGCUUGCGCUUGGGAUGAGUCUUGUGUGUGGAGCACGAGCAUUAUUGAACCUCAGCUGUGAGCGGGGUGCAGUGGUGUGUACCUGGAGACUAGCACAGGGGAGGCUGAGGCCAGAGGGUCACAAGAUCAAGUUGUCCCUGAGCAACUUAGGGAGCCCUUGCUCAAAAAAAUAAGGGCUGGGGAUGGAGCUCAGUGCUGAGCACCCCUGGAUUUGAUCCUUGGUACUGAAAAGGAAGAGAAAACCAACUGGGCCAGGAAAUGACAGUCCCCUACGAUUUAUAUAAGCAUCAAAGGUGUCUGUAUAUUUGCCUUUUUAUUUAAUGACAAGAGAGGGUAAAUUAAGAUUUUGGGUUUUUUUAAUCUUUUUACAGUAUAACUAUGAACUUGGUUUGUAAGGAAAUAUUUAUUUGUAUUUUUGUGUGUUGGGCAGGGCACAUAAUGAACGGAACAUUUUAACAUCCAGUCUGUUUAUAUACUUUGUCCUCUAUAGGAAGAAACUGACUCCUGUGAUAUUUGUUGGUAUUCCCAACCUGUGCAGUUUCCGUAUGCAGGAGGUUAUAUCAUGUUCUAUACAAACUGUUAGAAUUGGUAGGAAAUCCCAGCCGUGCUCUAGGCCAAGGCAGGCCGGCUGACAUCUUGUUUCUGUUGUAUCCAGGGUUAAGAGGGCUACACGUCUAUGUACGUUAUGUCAAUGUUUUUAUCUGUGAAGCAGUUUCCCAUUUUGCUCAAUGGAACUACAGACAUCACUGACCAGAAAAUGCAAGGGGUAAUUUUCUCUCCAAAAGAGUCAUAUUUGGGGACUUAGUGGAAUUUGUAGGAACUAGGUGUUUUUUCCUGUUUGAUUUGAUCACAAUAAUCAUGUGUAUGUGGUUUGUUUCUCUCUGUACACUGUUGACCUAAUGAUUUAUGCAAUCUGUCAUUUCUUAUGCAAUAAAAUUAUUACACAAACUGAUGUGAAA